GUACGGAGCGGGACGGCUGGUGUCUUCCGAAGACCAACGAUGACUUGAGGGAUGCCAUGUCGCUGAUGAUAAGGCAGAUCAUCCGGUCGCAAAGGCCAGCUGGGUGUUGUCAUCACAGAAGGCGGGUUCGUGGAAGGUGUCAACAAAAAGCUGAGCCUUUUUGGAAAUUAUAUGGAUAUCUUCAAAGGGAUCCCUUUUGCUGCACCGACAAAGACUUUGGAAGACCCCCAGCCCCACCCAGGCUGGCCAGGCACCCUGCAAGCUAAGGAAUACAAAAAGCGUUGCAUGCAGUCUACACUCACCCAGACAGAUGUGCGUGGCUCUGAAGAUUGUCUCUAUCUGAACAUCUGGGUCCCUCAAGGGAAGAAACAGGUGUCCACCAACCUGCCAGUGAUGAUCUGGAUCUACGGAGGAGCCUUCAUCUGGGGAGGCGGGCAAGGCGCCAACUUCCUGAACAACUAUUUGUAUGAUGGAGAGGAAAUUGCCAGCCGUGGGAAGGUUAUUGUGGUGACCCUGAAUUACCGUCUUGGGCCCUUGGGUUUCCUGAGCACUGGCGAUGCUGCCCUGCCAGGCAAUUAUGGCCUCAAAGAUCAACAUAUGGCCAUCGCUUGGGUCAAGAAGAACAUCAGGAACUUUGGGGGAGACCCUGACAACAUCACAGUCUUUGGGGAGUCUGCUGGAGCCGUCAGCGUCUCCUUGCAGACGCUGUCGCCGUACAACAAAGGUUUGAUCAAACGGGCCAUCAGCCAGAGUGGAGUCGGGAUGUGCCCUUGGGCCAUUCAAAAGAACCCCCUUUACUGGGCUACCAAGAUCGCGCAGAAAGUGGGCUGCCCGACAGACAACACCACUCUCCUGGCCAACUGCCUCCGAAUUACUGAUCCGAAAGCGCUAACCCUUGCCUACCAUUUGGAUGUUCUCAACUUGCGCUACCCCCUGGUCCACUACCUCGCCUUCACCCCAGUGGUGGAUGGGGAUUUCAUCCCUGAUCUCCCAGAGAACCUGUUUGCCAACUCAGCGGACAUUGACUACCUCGCCGGGGUCAACGACAUGGAUGGGCAUUUCUUUGCUGGCAUUGACAUGCCAGCCAUUAACCGCCCACUGGUGAAGAUCACCCGGGAAGAAGUGUAUAACCUGGUCCAGGGGCUGACCAUGGUGAAGGGGGUUGCUGGAGCAGAUGCAACCUAUGCUUUGUACACGCAGGUGUGGAGCGACACGGUGGACCAGGAAGUCAUGAAAAGAACAGUGGUGGAUCUGGCGACCGACUACAUAUUCCUGGUCCCUACCCAGCAGGCACUUCAGCUGCACAGACAGAACACCAAGACCGGCAAGACCUACAGCUACCUCUUCUCCGAGCCCUCUCGAAUGCCGGUCUAUCCCGGUUGGGUCGGGGCGGAUCAUGCUGACGACCUCCAGUACGUCUUCGGGAAGCCUUUCGCCACACCCUUGGGCUACAAGCCACGGCACAGGAAGGUCUCGGAGGCCAUGAUCGCUUACUGGACAAACUUCGCCAGAACUGGCGACCCUAACAAAGGAGAGUCCAAAGUUCCCAUUGCCUGGGUGCCUUACGAUACUGAAAACACCUUCUACCUUGAUAUCAACCACAACAUCAACUAUGAGUCAGUGAAGCAAGCCCUACGCACGCCUUAUGUCAACUUCUGGAGCGUUCAGUACCGCGAUCUCCCGGAUGUUCCCGUCACAGUGGAGCUGGAAUAAAACCGGUGUAGGAACGGAGUCUC